AUGCUGCCCACUGUGGAGGAGAGCCGGGGUUAUGAUUUCCAGGACCCGGCGAAUUCGGAGAAAUGGCGCGGCCUUUUCGUCAACCCUCUGCGAAAGGUCCUCCAGAACGUGCAUCCGACUCUGAACGCGGAGCAGAGUGCGCUGGAGUUCGUUGAGUCGCUCUGUCUGCGGCUCCUUGCCAUGCUCUGUGCAGUGCCCUCGCCACUCACUGUGCAGGUACACACACACACGCGCGCGCACGCACGCCCACGCGCACCCACGCGCGCGCACGCACGCCCACGCGCACACACGCGCACGCAAGCGCACGCACACACGCGCACGCAAGCGCACGCACACACGCACAGACACGCGCACACACGCACACACAUAUCGUUAACUAGUACA